AUGGACUCAAGUCGCGAUGGUGCGCGUGAGGUUCGCGUGGCUGGAGAGGUGAAUCGCAUGAUUCAAAGCGAGGUGGGGAUGCUGUACUCUCGUCUGGAGGCGCUGCGCUCGCAUAUGCGUUUCCCUUCCUUCGCGCCUGUGAACGUGCCCAUGGUGCUGGUUCUUGGCAAUCAUUCCUCUGGCAAGAGUACUUUCAUCAACCACAUGCUGGGACAGAGCGUGCAGAAGACUGGCCGCGCGCCUACGGACUGUACCUUCACGGUGCUAGCAGGUGGUGCUAGAGAUGAGCGACUUGACGGCGCGGCGCUCGUACGGCACGCGCAGUUCGGCUUCGGAGACGUGCAGCGGCUCUUCGGCCGCGAGUUCGUGUCCCAGGUGGAGCUCAAGGUAGUAGCUGGUAGCCCGCUACUCGACGAGGGUGGUCUGAUGAUCGUAGACUCGCCUGGUAUGAUCGAUCCGCCCGGCACGUCGCUGGACCGCACGGAUGAAGACCGCGGGUACGAUUUUAAGCGUGUCGUGCAGUGGUUCGCGGACCGCGCGGACGUAAUUCUCGUCAUGUUCGACCCGGACAAACCCGGCACGACGUUCGAAACACUGGACGUGCUCACAAAUUCGCUGCAGGGCAUGAGCAGCAAGGUUUUACUGAUUCUCAACAAGGUGGACGACUUCCAGACGGUGCACGACUUCGCACGCGCGUACGGAGCGCUGUGCUGGAACUUGAGCAAAGUCAUCGGACGCAAAGACUUGCCGUUUAUUUACACCAUGUACGUCCCGCAGGAGAAGCAGGAGUCCCAUCCAGCUCAGGGCAAUGGACAGUCACACUUUAACGUGCCCAAGAUGCUGGAACAUGAGUUCGAUGGGAUCCGCGGAGAAGUGAUUCGUGAAGUAAAGCGGGCGCCUGAUCGUGCGACGGACAAUAUAUUAAAUCUGCUCAAGGCCACAGCGUUGAGACUCAAGAUGCACAUGACGCUGGUUGAAGCUUGUAAGCAGGAGUAUCUUGACCUACGCACGUUCUGGAAGCGAGCGCAAAUUGCCGGUAUUGUCGCGGGCGUGGGCUUUACGGCGUUCUAUUUGAUCCGCACGGUGGGUUCAAGAGCCCCCUUGGAACCGUUGACAGCUGAGGAGCUGACGCUUUCAUCAUCCUCAUCGUCUUCACCUGCAUCGUCGAGUACAUCCUCCGUUAAGACAGCUGGCUCCAGCAAUACGUGGGAGACGAACUGGUCCAAGCAAGUGGCGCGCUCGCACUCACUUUUCAAGGUCAGUACGUUCUUCAAGAUUGUUCUCUCGUCGUGUGCUUCGAACCUCGCGUUGUGGAAGGCGUCAGUGCUCAACCUCGAGUUUAAGCGUGAAAGUGUGCUGCAGUGGUUGCCUGUCACGUUCCAACGGGUGUACGGCCCAUUCCUGUGUAAAUCUGACCGUGCACACGAUGAAAUCAUGACACAGUGGAAUGCUGUACAGCCAGGUCUGGAGCUCGCGCUGUCAUCCACACCGCUCGAAGAGUUCACCGCUGUUGAUGCUUCGCACAAGACGUUUUUGGAUGAUGUGCUGAGUCUGCAUGUCCCGCGACUGGAUCGCUGUGUUCGCGAUCGCACGGGAGACGACCAUGCUUACCUGCGAUUCAAGCACCACACUAAGACCGCGUCAGACAAGACUGCAAUAACUGCAACGGAGUCAAAGUGA